UUGAGAGUGGUUUACAAGUCAAUGUCAUGUAAAGUAAGCUAUUUUGUCAGAAAAGUGCCUUUUCCGCGCUCCUUACAGUUUUACUCUUCAAGUGCAUCAGGUAUGAAAAUAUUUUACCCACAAAUACAGACGUUUACAGCUUAGCGUCUGCCCUAUCGCACUAUCAAUAGCAAAUUGUCUACGAAGGCGCUAAAAAAGGCUAAGAAAGCCUGUGUUCCAACAAAAAGUAUCAAAUAUGAAACAAAAGUAGCAAAUUUGGGAGCGAAAAUCCGAGAAAGGCGACUGCGCCUUUUUCUGCUUUCAAGAUGGUAUUUUUCAAAUUUAAAAUGUGCAUAGCUAAGUAAAGCUUUUAUUUUCUGUGGUUUACAGACUUGUUUUGAACGAAAUUGAUAGCGUCACCCGGUGCAUUGUGGGAUAGUUCAUCAACUCACAAUGUAUGUUGUGGUUGACUAUCGUAUGGCUUUCAUAAACAUCUGAACAACUCACGCUAUGGUAAAGCUACAAACCAAUAUCGUUCCCGGGGUUUUUCUCGUUUAUGCGCACGCUGGCCCAAUGGCUCUCAGGCUUGGGCUACACAUUUGUUCUGAUUGAUUUUAACGUCGCCAUUUGCGGGCCCCAUCUGUACCCAAAAACAAUGAAUUUAACCGCGAGGCAAUCGUUUACGCUCUUAUCUUAAGGUAAAUCAUCUAGCGAUUCGACUAGCUUUUAUGAAAUAAGUUUUUUUUUCCGCACACGUCAUAAUUUCAUUGACAUUACUUUCUAAUCAGGUGCAUGAUCUUCUCUGGAAAUAAAAAGGCGACGAGAAAAAGCCCUAAAUAUGUGCUCUGAUUGGAAUCCUAAGGCUAUUAUUUUUGAAGAUAAGAGUCACCAACGUUCCAAAAAGAAGAAAAACGAAAGAAAAUAGUCGCAAAUAUGGGUCUUUUUUUUACCAAGCAUAACAAUCCCCGGAGGUAGAAUGUAAAUAAGUCAAUAUCUGACAAGACUUGACUGACCCUAGCGGACUUGGCGCAUAUUCUACAUCAAACACCCAAAUAAUCCAUCUAAACACCGUUAUUAGAUUAAUCUAUAUUAACAUUAAAAACAAAAAUCCCUUUCCUUGUCGCCUCAAGCUUGAAAAGGCAAAAACGCAAUCUCUUUGGUUUAACUUCUGUCCAGGAGCUGAGUUUACAUCCCUUGUCUAAGUAAGAAUCAAAAACAAAUGAAACCCGAGUACAGUAAAUGCUUUAGAAGACAGAAAGCUUUUGGCUAAAACUCACUCCACUGAAUAGAUCUCGUCAAAUACACACCGCUUGUAAAGCCAAAUAUGAACGGUGUCGAAGGGGUUAAACAAAUUGGAUAAUUUCUAAAACAAACUUUUUGCGUACAAAUUUAAAUUUCCCCUACAAAGCGCGGGAAAUCAUAAACUUUGUAAAUCGUUAACAUUUGCACAUAUGAAAAAUAUACUUUUUUCUAUCCGGAUUGGAAACAAGCAAAUUAAACUUGGCCUUAAAUUAGACGUUCUUUCCGGGCAUUGGUUUAAUCUGUAUUUCCACUGGCGCCCACGCCUAGAUAUCUUUCACAGAAAUUAAAUACCCAACCAGUACAGCGGACAUAUCCGUCUACUGAUCUCCGGAAUUUCAAGAGACCAAACUAAUAAUAACCAAGUCAUCGUGCACUUUAUUUCUUUUGUUUACUAUCGACAUUUCCGAUUAAUUGCGUGACUAGAAACCAUUAGACUGCGUGUCAAAGAUUAUCAGCGAACAGGAUUUGGACACCUUGUCUCAUUGGACAAUACUUAGAGAAGUGUGACGCGCGCUACGGAGCGUAUUGGUGCUUAAUUAAGACGUCAAUCAACGUUAUCAACUCAUUCUGUUAGCUUGCUUUCCCUUUCAGUGCAAGUCAAGAUAUGGCAGGAGUGGGUAGAAAUCUUCUGCUGUAAGGAAAACAGGCUUAAGGUAUUGGGCGCGAAAUCGUGUUUGAUCACCUCCAAGAGUUUAACAAGACAUCUACUAUAACCUUAAGGGUUGUCUCCAAGCAACGCGAUGACUUAGCAAAUCCCAGAGCUGUCAGCUGAAACGGGUUGGAGAGUAAGCCGCAAAGAUGCCCAAUUCCACAGGACCUCCGAUGCCAAGGCCCCCACCGCCUAAGCACAUACAAUGUUCAAUGGAUACUCUGCCUGAAUACUACGGUCAUAUGGCCUUCCAGAUUAUUAUUCUGCUAGUGACUUUUUACGGGAAUUUUAUGGUAGUCUUGGCCGUCGUGAUGUUCCGUCGAAUGCGAACGAUAACCAACUACUUUGUGGUUUCUUUGGCGGUCAGUGAUUUGCUGGUAGCGAUGCUAUCUCUACCGUUUCGCAUCCACCAGACCACGCAUAACACUGCCUGGUGUUUAAGCCUCGAGGCUUGCGUGGCUUGGAUCGUGGUGGAUAUCAUUUGUGCGGGUGCUUCAAUAUGGAACCUAGCCAUUAUCUCCAUUGAUCGUUUCAUAGCAAUUGUUUUGCCGUUUCGCUAUCAUGCCCUGAUGACGCCGAUAUCAGGGUUCGGAUUAAUUGCUUCUGUUUGGGGCCUAUCGUUUGUGAUGGCCGUACUGAGUUUUAUCAACUGGACUGACUACGGAAAGCCGCACUUUAAUAUCUUCAUCUCGUGCGCAAACUUUGACCCUAUUUACUACACUGUCGUAUCAGUGGUUUUGUUCUUCUUGCCGUUAUACAUCGUGUUCGUCAUGUACGGGCGCGUGUUUACCGUCGCCCUCAACCACGCACGCGCCGUCGCAGCACUCCAGACGGACAGACAAGCGACUACGGAUGGUGGAAGACGGGGGUCUAUCAACUUCUUAAAAGAAGUAAAGGCGGCCAAGGUCCUGGCGAUAGUCGUGGGUUGCUUUGUUGUUUGCUGGUUCCCAUAUUUCGUGCUUGUUCUUGUCAGCUUAUGGGACCCGAUACUGUUGUCAAGGGAAACCAUUAGUCCCGAGCAGGCAAAAGGCAUCACUCAGACGUUCGUCUACGUUCUGCCGGUGUUAAACUCCACGCUCAACCCGUUUAUAUACGCGCUAUUUAAUAAGGAUUUUCGCCGCUCGUUCGCGAAAAUCUUUGCGCAGUUCUGCCGCAGACGUGGUGUUUCAGACGACGGAACACUGACAAUGCAUACAACAUUUGAAGAGACCAGAACACAAAUGACCGCCGCUACACACCAUGGAGUUCCUAAGAUUCACUUCAGCAGGGGCUCCGAUGCGUCCAACGUUUCUGCAGUUCCGUUCCAAGAUAUUACUACCUCGAACAACAACGCUAACGCAGUCACCUCAGCACAAUCGGGUACUAGUGAUAAAGAUGGGAUUGGUUGGGAGCGCGGACUUCGGAAUAAGGAGGAAGGAACGUCUGCGCCAUCCGAGAGAGGCGCGAUACCACAUGUACCGAGCGAAGACCUUCGUAACAAAUUACUGCCGCUUCACAAAGAUGCUACUUUAGACGAUAACACGGACUCAGCAGUAGCGAUAGAUCCUAGGCCGAGGGCGCUACCCCCUGUUGAACACGUCGAGGUGGCCCGGACGAAAGACGGACAGAUGGAGAUGGAAAGCACUGAGCGGGGCGGAAGGCAACAGGAGGGAGAGCACAAUGAAACACAGGAACAGGAGGAGCAUACAGUAUGACAUAUAUAUAAUAUAGGUUAUACUUGGUCAUACACACAUAUGACAUAUAUAAUAUAGGUUAUACUUGGUCUAUAUGACAUAUAUAAUAUAGUUUAUCCUUGGUCAUACACACAUGACAUUUUUAAUAUAGGUUAUACUUGGUCUAUAUGACAUAUAUAAUAUAGUUUAUCCUUGGUCAUACACACAUGACAUUAAAAAUAUAGGUUAUACUUAGUCAUACACUCAGUAUGACAUAUAUAACAGAGAUUAUACUUGGUAAUACACAAAUAUGACAUAUAAUAUAGCAUAUAAAGUAUGAAAAAUUUCCUUGCUUAUACAUAGAGUGUGAUAAACAAAUAUAGAGAAUACUAGGUUAUACAUACAGUAUAACAUAUAAUAUAGAUAACAAAACUUAGCUAAAAAUACAGAGUGAAAUACUAUGAUAUAGCAUAUUUACUUUAGAUAACAAUUGCUUAAAGCAUGCAUAGCCGUAGCAGGGCACGUAAGAUUGGAGGGGGGGGGGGGGGGGCGCGAUACAGAAACAUUAGGAAAAUAUUGGGGGCUACAUGCCCCCAGUUCCCCACCCCCUGCUAUGGCCCUGGCAUGACAUUAUACAAACAGUGUGUAUAUAACAUUCGCUAUAUACAUACAGUAGGAGCUAAUAUAUAGGUUAUACUAUACAAACAGUAUGAUAUGUAUAAUAUAGGUAGUACUCGGUUGCACGCGGUGAAUCUUCCAAAAACGUCAAAUUCAAAGUGUCCCUUGCACUUUUCUUCGCAUAGAUUAACUUGUUGAGUGAAAACUACAACCAUCAUAUUUAACAAUAACUAUCUUAUUACUUUAUAAAACAGCACCCAGUGAACAGCGCGCUUAUUGGUCAAAAUCGCUCCUUUUGUUUGACUGUACGUGUCUAUUUAGUCAUUUUAUAUAAAAGCAAAAACGCAUUUGAAUCAAAGACGGCGAAUUUUUGUCGGAAUGAUAAAAGCUUAAAGGUCACUUGGCACCGGCUAGCUUCUAUCAUUUCUCCUGACAUCCCCCAGGUGUUUAAUUGAAAAAUAUGUAAUUGCUCGCAGACACGGGAGAUGCGUUAAUGAUAAAACCAUGUGCGACCCCUUUUUUUGCUGGAAGAACUCAACUCUAUUCGCUGAAACAUUUUCGAACAUCGUAAGUUCAUUCUCGCGGUAUGUCACGUUUCGUAAGCGGAAAAGUCCUGCUAACAAGAAAGUCUACAAAAAUGGAAGGAUCUCUAAGAAGGCCUUUUACAACCGAGAUUCUAUUCUUUUUUUGACUAACUGCAUUGUACUAGUAUGAUAGUCUAAAAAUAUUUGUGUGAGGUGGUAUAGAUAGCAAAAAACUGAUUAUAUGCUAACUAAUAUACCGUUUUUUAAAGCCCAGAUGGGAAUAUUUUUUCUCAUGUCGUUUAACGUUUUAAUAAUUGCAUGUGCCAACAGAUUUAUGUCAUUUUUUUUUAUUUCGCGAAGUUUUUCCGUUUUCGCUCACUGACUCCAUUUGAGAUUGGUCCACAUUUUCAAGGAAAAAUCAGCUUUUGUGUAUGUAUUUUUAAUGUGACUCAAAGUGUGGGGGUCUUAUUUACGCUUUUAUCCACUUGAGUGAGACAAACUUGUUGAGAGCGUCAAAAGUAGGGUCAUUGAUUUCGAGGUUUUUGAUUUUUUUUAGAAUAAAACAAGCUUACACAGAGUGCUCCCAUUUGCUACAAUUGUCAAAAUAUCUACAAUAGGUAUCGUUACUUUUAGUUUAUAAUAUUGAGGCUACAUGUCAAAAUGUUUAUACGCAUGCACCUUUAAGUGUCUCUGGCAGCCGCCAUUUUGUCAUCCUAGCAAAAUAACAAUUGUGAGAAAGCAUCCAUUUCCAACGGCUAAUUUGGGAAUCUCUGUGAUACCUUCGAUUAAAUUUGGUAAAUAAAGUAAAAAUAAAACUUUGUAUUUAGAUGAAUAGUUUCAUAGUUUCCUAUCACACAGUAUGUAAAUAUGAUCUUUUGAAUGUUAACAUGGCGAUCGUAUUGCAAAAAAAAACUAUGUUGACCCAAAAAAGGUUCAGUAUUUUGGCAUCAAUUCUGGCUGGCGUCUGCCAAAUGUAUUUGAAGCCUGACAUCAGCGAGAUAAGAAAACAAAAUAAAUACGAGAAAGGAACACAAUGCAUUUCGAUUGGUUUGUCUAAUGAUGUAUGAUCUUGAUUUGGAGGUCAACUAACUGUUAUUAUUGUAUUUAGUUUGCAUUGCAACACUCCAAUAUGCAGUCUAUCAGCCGCUAAAAAAUAACCGAAAUUAUUACUAUUUCUACUGUAACUAUCUCUUAGACAUUAACUAGAAAACAGCAUACCAAUGCAACAGGUAGCUAUAAGGAUAUAAGCAAGAGGGUUAGCUAUAUGAAAACUCUGGUCUAUCAGAAAAAAAAGGAUACAGAUCCUGGCUAAGCGCAUGUUUCUUAGACCCCACCCACACGUAUACGGAAUCGAAUGAAUCCGCCACUUUUUUAGUUCCGGAUACGGCUAUCGUCCACACGUAUACUACGAUUACGCUGGCGAAUCCGCAAUUUUUUGAAUCCGCAAAUGAAAGCGGAACGAAAUGAAUACGCUACGAUUCCGACGUGUAAAACAACGUGUAAAACUCGUGUCUCGCCUACUUGUAUUAUUUCAAGCCUCAUACUAUGUGUUCAGGUUAAUAGCCAUGCUAACAAUGCAUUAAAGCUGGGUGCUAGAGCGAUUAAUGAAUCGCCGUAUAAGUGUGGACGGGCGAUAACGAUACGAUUACACUACGUGUGGACGGAAAACUUUUCGAUUACGGAAAGAAAAAGUUGCGGAUUCAUUCGAUGAAAGGAGGGUAUUCGUUAUUUCAACAAAAAAGGUGAUAGGUAAACUCAAGUAGAUAUAUCAUACAUCAGAAAAUUAUAAGAGGGGAAGAGAGGGUCUAACCAUAUUCCCUGGUAUCUAAGUAUUCUUCGGAGUAGAACUGCCCUCCAUUCGCCAUUCGCGCUGAAUAAGAUUUUUGGAGUAGGUGUACACUCACCUGAGAACCAAUGUAUCGUAGCCCCCAGUGCUUCAUGGGUAACGUAUAAAUGGCUAAAUCAUUGUAUCUGAACGCUGUGUGAACGUUUAGAGGUACAUUGACAAAGAUGCUAAAGCUUCUUAAACCUGUGCUUGUUUUUUUGUUGCGCUUAUCAUUUUUUUUAUUUGGAACCCAUGAGGCAUUGCUGGUUGCGGCCCAUGCGUUCUCCGAGGGCAACCGUAUUUGAAAAGGUAAUAUUCCAUUAGAAAAUGUACUUUGUGUGAACUGAGUUAUAACGUAUUAAUGUAUUAUGGUCAUUUAAAAACUAUCUAUGGA